CUUCACUUUCGUCUCUAGGUAAACGAAGAACCACUCCGAGAACGCGUGUUCCAAGUCGCUCAUUAGUUCUUCUCAUCAUAUCUCAUUGCUCAAUUCUCGUGGAUUCCGUGAACGAGGUCCGAGAUCGGGGCCGAAAUUAUGGUCACCGUACUGAUAAUCCUCCUGUUCGUGGGCAUUGUGAUCGUGGUCUUGUUCCACGUGUGCAUCGUUGAGUGGGGCUUCAGAAUGAGCGGACUCAGCCGUGCCGGUCAAGCCGCUAACCGCGCUCUUGCCGAUCGAGCCAGUGCAGGGAGCACGAGCAUGUCCGUUGGCGACGUCGAGAAGCUUCCCUGCUUCAACUUCGAGGCCGGACAUUAUGAUGAGGACCAGGAGGGGACGAUUACCAUGGCCGUUGCCACCAGUCCUGUCAGCUGUGUGGUUUGCCUGGAGGAGUUCAAGAUCGGCGACAAGUGCCGGCUACUGCCCAUCUGCAGGCACAGCUUCCACGCGGGGUGCAUAGAUGCUUGGCUCUUGAAGGUGGCCAGUUGCCCGAUCUGCCGGAGCCGUGCCGACUCCGGCUGGUCGCUAGCCGAGGGAAGUAGUAGCAGCGGGUGCGGGCCUAGCGGCAGUAGCCGUUUCGAGGAUGAUGUUAGCACGGGAGUAGCGGAGAGUCAGAUGAACUCGAGUGAUAUUAGCAGGAGUGAAUCGAGAGAGAGAGGGGAUCUAAUUGGUGCUCUGAGAGUAGAGACUGAAGAUCUUCCAAACAAUACCCCAGCCUAAUGUGUGAAAUCUCCAUUUCAGGUAAAUCAUAGUGUCAGCAUAUGAUCAUAGAAACCAUUUGAGUUGUUCUCUCUGCUCAUAAGAAACUGGAUUAGUACAGAUUACUAUUUUUCGUCGUUUCCUAUGGAUGAGUCGACAUUUUUCACAAAUUUUACAGACGAAGAUCCUUUGUGAUCUUGGCCUUGUACCCUAAUAGAUGCUAUCGUUUAAACCGAGAACCAAAAAUUCAAUUUUCACCGGUCGUAUCUUCCUGAUCGUACAUAAACACAUCUAUAAAGAAAAAAAAGUCAUGACGCCCUAUUCUAGGACCGGGAUGUCGCGCUUUAUGUACACCUAUUACAUCACGAGGCGAGCCCUUGUGGAAUUUUGCAUUUUUUUCCCUUUCAACGACAAUGGUCUAUGUUGCAAUAGGGCUUAAGAAAU